UGAUGAUACUUCGCAGUGUCGGCGAGGCUAGUUGAACGGAAGAGGACAUUGUUGGAGGGCAUUACAUGUAACUCCAAAUCAGUAAACUCCUCAAGAGUUUGUCAUCACCUUAUCGGAAAUGUUUUCACUUUCCACCUCCCUACAGCCGCAGGUAACAGUCCAACUGAGUCACCUCAUCAAUGCCCUGCACUCUCUGACGGGUUCAGUGACCAGCAAUACUUCAGUCAGUCACAAGCAAAAAGACAACACACCAGAACAAGAUCUGAACAGCACAGAGCCAUCAUGGAGCCUCAGGGAUUUUGGUCUGACAGAUCUAAGGGCAGUUCAGUUGGAUGAGCUUGUGGACAGACUUCUACCCUGCAUUACUCAGCAGCAGCUGCUGUCGCCCUCACCACUGAAGACUGCGCCAAACAUCUGGAGGACUUCCCACCUUUCCUCAGAUUCAUUCUUUCACAAUAAACAUGGGUUUUCAAGAAUGGGUGCUGUUACUCCUGUGUUCUCUAGACAGAACAAAUCACCUCUCCAAACACUAUGCACAGAUCUCGAAUAUUUGCCAUUGUCGUUCCCAAAGCGAGGCUUUAAAACUCUGUCCAAAACGCGCCGUCUUCAGGGCAGUAAUGAAAGUUCAGUGGAGCCUGAGGGAUUCACACCAUCCUUUAUGAAGGGCUUGCUAACACGAGACAAAGGCCAAGAUGUUGAAACUUUGGACAAGCUCCUUAAAAAUAGAAACAUUCCUGACGGUCAACAUGAUGCUUUUAAGACUGGUUUUGCGGAAGGCUUCCUCAAAGCACAGGCCCUAACACAGAGAACCCAAGAAUCGUUAAGGAGGACACGACUGAUUUUAUUGGUGCUCUUGCUGGUAGGCCUCUAUGGUCUCUCAAAAACACCUUUCUUAUCAGUGAGAUUCCGAACCACAUCAGGCCUGGACUCGGCAAUGGACCCUGUCCAGAUGAAGAACGUCACCUUCGAGCAUGUGAAGGGUGUGGAUGAGGCCAAGAACGAGUUGCAGGAGGUGGUGGAGUUUCUCCGCAACCCACAGAAGUUCACUGUUUUGGGAGGAAAACUGCCUAAAGGAAUCAUGCUGGUUGGGCCUCCAGGUACAGGAAAGACACUGUUGGCCCGUGCUGUAGCGGGUGAGGCAGAUGUGCCAUUUUACUAUGCAUCCGGCUCUGAGUUUGAUGAGAUGUUUGUUGGGGUCGGUGCCAGUCGAAUAAGAAACCUUUUCAGGGAGGCUAAAGCUAAUGCUCCUUGUGUCAUCUUCAUCGAUGAGCUGGACAGUGUGGGAGGAAAGAGGAUUGAGUCUCCCAUGCACCCCUAUUCUAGACAGACUAUUAAUCAGCUUCUAGCUGAGAUGGAUGGGUUUAAGCCAAAUGAAGGUGUCAUAAUAAUUGGCGCAACAAACUUCCCUGAAGCUUUGGAUAAUGCUCUGAUCCGGCCAGGCCGUUUUGAUAUGCAGGUCACCGUCCCCAGGCCAGAUGUGAAAGGCCGCACUGAAAUCAUCAAGUGGUACCUCAAGAAAAUAAAAGUAGACUCUGCUGUGCAGGCAGAGGUCAUUGCCAGAGGAACAGUUGGGUUCUCUGGUGCUGAUCUGGAGAAUCUUGUUAACCAGGCUGCACUGAAGGCCGCUGUGGACGGUAAAGACAUGGUGACCAUGAAGGAGCUUGAGUUUGCUAAGGACAAAAUACUGAUGGGCCCAGAGCGCAGGAGUGCAGAAAUUGAUGAAAAGAAUAAAGAGAUCACAGCAUACCAUGAAUCAGGCCAUGCCAUUAUUGCAUACUACACCAAAGACGCCAUGCCUAUUAAUAAAGCCACCAUAAUGCCGAGAGGCCCUACUUUGGGACACGUGUCCAUGCUUCCAGAAAAUGACCGCUGGAAUGAAACUCGUGCUCAGCUGUUGGCCCAGAUGGAUGUCAGUAUGGGUGGACGAGUGGCAGAGGAGCUUAUCUUUGGCAUUGAGAAUAUCACCACUGGAGCAUCAAGUGACUUUGACAGUGCUACAAAAAUAGCCAAAAUGAUGGUGACCAGAUUUGGGAUGAGUGAAAAGUUGGGUGUCAUGACAUAUGCUGACCUCACCAAACAAAGUCCAGAAACACAGGCAGCCAUUGAACAUGAAGUCAGGAUACUUCUGAGGGAUUCCUAUGAGCGUGCAAAAGCAAUCCUGAAGUCUCGUGCUAAAGAGCACAAAAUCCUGGCUGAGGCUUUACUGCGGUAUGAGACAUUGGACGCCAAAGAUAUCCAGUUAGUCUUGGAGGGAAAGACAAUAGACAGCAGAUGAGAGCUCACCAGGACUGUUGGGCAGUGGGGAAGAAGAAAGAUAUGAAUGUAUAUAUGCAGCCAAGAGCUUGGUAGGCUUACACUUCCCAUUCAUAAAAUUGUAUCGUUUUCUGAGCCACUUCUCUGAAAAUAGUUUGUUUUACACUCAUAAGAAAGCGCAAGCUCCUUCAUAGGGUUUUUGUUUUCAAAGAAGUCAUUGUGCUCUAUCCCUGGCUUUAAAUAUUAAUAUUUUGCAUCUAAGGUGCUGCCUUUAUCUGUAGUGGAGCAGAGGCUGGUUUUGAAUAAAUCAUAAAGCUGUAAGCAAUCUUCCAGUCUAUUGAUCGGUAACAAAUCGCUGUUCACUUUGUUUGAGCCACAAUUGUCUGAGCCAGGUUGAGUAUACUGUAUGUUUCAUGAUGGCCUUUGAGAAAUGUAAGUUCAUGUAUUUUUCACUGAUGGACUAUGAAAUGUUUCAAAGCACUUUGUUACUGGAAUAUUUAUGUUUAUGUUAAUUACAUAUCAUAUUAUCUGCUUGUGAACAGUGCUGCUUUAGAUUUCCUUUAGUCACAUUAAACAAUCACAUCUUAACCCCAGUAUGUUACUAGAUAAACCCUCUAACAUACAGAAGAUGUCCCCCAGAUCAGAUUCCCAACGGCCAAAUUAUCCCUGAACACAUUGUGUAAUUUGUGCUCUAUUUCUGUACCUUCAGUCUCAUGAACUAUGAAGGAAUUUAAACACCUUCAGGAUUUCAUGUGAAUCAUGUUAUGGAUUCACAUCAUAAAUCCUGUUUCUAAGAUGGAGAUUAUGCAUGAUCCUGUGUUUAAGUAUUGUGGUGUAAAAUCCUCACUGCUAGUUUGUCCAAGACUAGUCUUGAGCUCUGUCCUGAGACCCAUCUUUAACUGUAGUUUUAAUUAACUAUACACGACAGCACUCUUUUGUAUAUGCAUCUCGAAAAUUAAGUCAAAUGAAAUUAGAUUUUGUUUUCAUCUAUUCAAUCAUACUUGGUGUUCAUAAAACAAAAGCAGGACAGAAAAAUCACAACACACAGUAGAACAUUUAUUUUCAAAACAUGCACAAUCUUCCUAAACCCUCUGUUAGGUUCACAUCCCAGUGGUGACAUUGGUUUUAUUCAGCUUUUUUCUAUACAUGUAAUAUUUAUUCAUGUACAGCAGCUCUACAUCUGAGUGAACCUUGCCUCCAUGUAUGUUUGCAUUUUAACCAAGACCAUUUUAGUUGUGUAUAUACAGUAUAUAUUUAUAAUCAAUAAACUUAACAAGGACAUUG